AUGGACAAGGAGUUCAUGAGAGACAAGUUCAAUCUGUUAUUCCUGGACAUGGAGGGAAAGAAUUAUCGCAGGAGCCUCGAUGUGAUCUUCAACGAAAACUCCGAGUCCGAAGCUGAAACCGACGCCGAUGUGGAGGCCGGGAGGUCCUACGGGUGGAUCCACGCCCGCUUCAUUCUCACUGGUCUCGGCAUGGAGCUGAUGUACAAGAAGUUCCAAAACUGCAAUUUUGGGACUUGUUCAGGCGCCUUCUGUCGGUGGCGGAACGUCCUUCCCAUUGGCAUGAGCGACACACCUGGCAACGAAAUGGUGCGUCACUACUGUCCCAUCUGA